AGUUUUAUACCUUACGUUACCGUGUUGUUAAGACCAUAGAUUCAAUAGCUGUAACCGUUAUUGAUGUGUCGGAGUUCAUUUUUAGAUGUAAUUACACUCAAUGUGUACGGAAUAUGCGCCUUAUUUCCGAGCCACGAGCCUGAUUUUUGUAACAGUGAACCAUAUACAUAGGAACUCCUUAUUGUUAGCUUUUCAAACUGUGUAUCUAAAGGGAAAUUUAUUUGUCUUUUCGUGUAAUUCAGUCUAUACAUACGAAUCUUGACUUUCUUUAUCUGCUUUAUCAGCGAACGAGUUAAGGCGUUAGGUGACGCGAGUGUAAUAAAUUAAUUUCUUACACUUGCGUGAACAAUUGUUCAAGAGAUCGUCGAUAAUGACAUCGUGUGUUAAUAGCUGGCUCUUCGUGUACAUAACCUAAUAUCGAGAUGAUAUUCUGCGGUGCAUUUUCAGUUGAAAUUGAUCGUACGACACUGGCAGCAUAUUUCAUGAAAUAUCAAUGUAUGGAAUUUGUUAUAGUAAAUCACGUUGUGUCAGUCAGUCAGUCAGUUACAACAUAGAACCAGGCACAAAUGUGCAUCGUUCCAAGUUGCCACACCUCAUUAACACAGCAAGAAGAACACCGGAUUCAUAGAAGCAGUCAACUCAAUGGUGUAAUAUAUACAGGAAAGAUUGCACAUAAGAAUAUAGUACAGGAAGAAAGAAUUAAUUCGUAGAAAGAUAUGAGACGAUUUUAAUCUCACGGUUGAAGGGAAGAAGGAGAGUGUAUACACCUACGCCAUUUUGAUCGAUUCUGAGCCAUGUCACUAAGAGUCUCCAACCAUUGGUUACGAUAGUCACGCGGACCCCAACCAAGUAGUCUGCAUCUACCAACAUGGCUCAGACCAGAGGUUAGUGACUUCAAGCACUGAUGCCACGUUGUUGUUCGGCCACCCCUACUUUUCUUCCAACCGUCUCCAACACUAGUCAGCAUUACGCGUCGUGGUAGUCGGUAUUCAGGCAUACAUAACACGUGGCCCAACCAUCUCAGUCAAUGAAGAUUUACAACCUCAUCAACUGGUUUGCCAUAAUUCCCUAAUACCAUGAGUCUAAUCUCAUUAUUAUUUACUUGGUGAUCCCAGCAGAUUUGAGCAAUAUUUCUAAGGCAUUUGUGAUCAAAUACUAGUAGCUUACGAGUAUCUUCUACCCUUUAUAGCCACAUUUCGCGGUCGUAAAGCUGAACGGAACGAACUGCCGCGCAGUAUACUCGUCCUUUUAUUGAUAGACGGAUACUUUGCCUUUGCCAUAGGUGACGUAAGUUGGCAAAAGCCAAACGAGCUUUCUGAAUUCGUGCAGAGCUUUCGUCAAACACCAACCCAUUAUGGCUGAUCAGACUUCCAAGAUAAGUGAAGUUAUCGACGCGUUCGACUACUUUAUUCCCUAUCCUUAGUUCAGGUGUUGACGAGGCCAGUCCUGAAGCAACAACUUGUAUCUGGAGGGAGAGGGACGCAUGCCAAACAUCCUGGCAUUGUUGCUCAGUGCUAUCAAAAUACUCUGCAUUUUAUCAGCGUCUUCACCAAACAGGACUAUAUUAUCUGCGUAUUCUAAGUCGAUAAGUGGACAUCCUGGAAGGAGAUCGAUUCCCGAAAAUUCAGUCGACCAGAACCUGAUUCCCAUCAAUAUGUCUAUGGUGAAGUUGAACAAAAAUGGGGAAAGUGGACAGCCUUGACAGACACCACUUGAGGUUGCAAAAGCAGAUUACAGUUCGCCAUAAGCUCUGACUCCACUAGUAGUGUUCGAGUAAAGAGCCUUUACAAGGUUUUUGUACUCCUGAGGUACGCCUUGCAAUGACAGACACUGCCACAGAACCUCUCGGUCUGUAGAGUCGAAUGCUGCUUUUAAGUCAAGAAAGACCACCAUUGUCGGAUGCCGAUAAGCAUGCCUGUGUUCUAAGGUCUGUCGAAUGGUGAAUAUGUGGUCUAUGCGGCCACGACCAGGUCUGAAGCCAACCUGAUUUUCUCGUGUUUAAAGUCCACGAGUUUUUGUUAGGCGUCCGAUCAUUAUCGAGGCUAGUAUUUUAAAUGCUUUAUUAGUCAAAAUAAUCCCUCUAUAGUUGUCACAGGAUGAUUUUAACCCUCUCUCAUAUAUUGGGACGAUAAAUGAUUAUGACCAGUCAGAUGGAAUAACGUCCAACUACCAGAUUUUAGCUAAAAUAUUAGUCAACCUAAUUGCUAAAAUUAGAUCACCAUCCUUAAAGACCUCUGGAGCUAAUCCUUCUAGACCAUCUGCCCUUCCUCGUUUCAGAUUAGCUAUAGCCUUCUGAACUUCAGGUAGAGUCGGGGGACCUACUUCAAUGUUCCAUUCAAACUGUGUCGCAUUGUGUACAUUUUCAUUAAUGAAGUAACCUAAAUUUUAACAAGUGCCAGACCGUUCUAAAUGCCAGGUUACUGGAAGUAUAUAAUGGUGACUUGAAGAUUUUAGUCCAUGAGUUUGUCCUACUUGUUUUAUCGCUUUCUCAACGGUCAUAUUUAUGUGGUAUGUCCUGUUCAUAUAUUAGAAAAAGUUUAAUAUCCAUCCAAUGUCUUUAUCCGCAAAAUAGGAAUAUAUUAUAUUAAACGGUAAUAGAAAUAAUCAGUUGCGCGUAGAAUAACUGUCUUGUUGAAGAUUACUUCGUAAUGUCUGCACUUCUCACCUGUUUCCCAUAGAGUUGGUGUGCUUGCCAGUUAUGGUAUCUCCGUAAAAGGCUACAAAUUUUUGUUUCUUCGUCCACCAACAGUCAUCUACAUUAAUGAUUAAUGUUAAUAAUCCACAAUCUUACCGAUUCUUAGCCUGGCUCUCCAAAAUACAUACAUGUCAGUAUCGUAAAUCGUUAAAUAAGUGUUACUGGCAACACCGGCUUUUCAUAUCAGUUGUAUGUAAAUGCUGAAUAUAGUUAUUUCUAUUGACGGAGUCGCUUUUUAUAUAAAUACUCGUUUAUGGAACCAGAUCCUCACAUAUCUGAUCAUACUUACAAACCCGUUUGAUACCUACUGACUACGCCGUUGUUCCAUCAAUUUCUUUUCUCCAAAUAAAACGUUUGUAAAAAUCGUGUAUGUAGGUAAAGAAAAUAAAAUGUAUGUACAAGAUUCUGAAAUAAUUAAACACUUACACUGUGUGCUAUGAGGUAUUUUUGGAAAAUGGUAAAUAUUUUCUAACUACUUGUUGAUAAUCAAUUGAGAGGAACUCUGGAAAAUUUUCGGGUUUGUCCUCAACUUGCGAUUUGUUUGUUUUCAAUGAUACUCUAACUUUCGUAUUUUGUCGUUAUUAACAAAAUUCUAGGCGGUUGAUAAAAGUCAUUUAAGGCCCUAGCUCUUCAUUUUGAACCUUUUUACACUCAUCUGGAGGACCGUUCUUGAACCCUUAAGUAAUCGUGCCAUCUGCCCAUUAUAUUUAGAUCUUUUCACAGGUUGAAAUCAUGAGUCAGUUGAAGCUAGACCAUUGAAAACCUGGAAGCACUGGACGGCCGUUUCGUCCUGGUAUGGGACUCCUCAGCAGUGCGCAUCACUGCUUCAACUGACUCAUGAUUUCAACCUGUGAAAUGUCUAAAACUCUCCACAAAACCCAUUCAGAUAUUUAGAUCUGUUGUCUUUUUAACUAACGAUUCAGGUGGCUUUAAAAUGAAGAAUAUGUCGUCUAGUAGUAUUCACUAUUUUCGGAUCAUCUUUGAAGUGUUAAAUUCUAACGGUCCUGUCUUAUACGAUACAAAAUGUUUUUAAAACCAUUCGCCGUGAGAUUUAAUUCUCAAAUUAAGUCUUGUGAAAAGAAGCAACUUCUAAACUCAUUCUAUGAUCAGUAUGAAUUAGAUCCUACAAAUAUUUUGGAAAUCUUUAAAACAAAAGAUGUUCACCGUUUAAAAGUUAUAACUUCUUCAGAAAUAAAAGUGAAUAUCUACAAAUUUGGAAAUAUUCCUUUAAUUAUUGAAAAUGAAAAAGAACGUCUCCCCACAGUUUACCUCCUAUGGCAUCUGCCGAACCUCCUCCCACACUUCAAAGUACAUGAGAACUUAGUUUCCGUUCUAAUGAAAGGGGCUGACCUUAUGCUUCCUGGAGUAGUAACUGAUGGUCCAAUUCUUCCUUAUACUUUUAAUAAGAUAGAGAAGGGUGUUCUUUGUUGUAUCAGCACAACUUCCAACCGCGCACCAAUAGCUAUCGGGCACACAGCUAUGUCAAACUACGAUAUGUACAUGAGUGCCGGUAAGGGGAAAGCUGUAUCCGUGUUUCAUGUUAUGGGUGAUCAUGUGUGUUCCCUGGUGUCAUCAUUCAACCGUCCCAUUCUCCCGUGGCCUAUUAUCGAUGAGAGUUCUCCUAAAACAAAUGAAGAAAUAGACAAUGUCGAUGAUGGGUCGAAAUCCCCAGUAAAUAUAUUGUCUCAACAAAUAUCAGACGAUAAAAAUAUCAGCGAAGAAUUGAAUGAUCUUUAUUUGAAAGAAGCAGUUGAGUUACAACCAUCACUUGAUCUUGAUAAAAUUCUACGGGAGUGUUUUUUGAAAGGUCUUAAGUUGAUCAAAACAAAUCAACUUCCAAUACAAGUGAAUAUUUUUUAUUCUCAAUACGUUUUGGUGCACAAAUCUCCAUCAGUGGAUCUAGAUAUCAGGAAAACAAAAUUUAAAAAGGUUGGCCUAUUUUUGAAAGCUAUGCAAGAUGAAGGUUUCGUCGAGGUGACUGAACCGAAAUCUGGUGUAUUGAUGUUAAAUCAUAUUAAUAAAGAUCAUAUUGAGUAAGUAUGGAAACUUUUUAGUGUUUCUUCAGUCGAUAUGUUUUUUCUGACAAAGUGGAUCAUUGAGUCAGUUUUUGCAAGGUCACUUCAAAUUUAUGUUAUGAAAUGCUGAAUAAUCUGUUACGUUUGGCUUUCAAUCAGAACUUCGCACGUUCAAACACCGCUCCACCUGCUUCGAUUUAGGCUGUUGGGUGAUAUCACUAUCUCAUGCGCAAAACAUGCAAUCUAAAACCAAAUAUAUAAGCAUGUAUCUCGGUAAAUACAUUACAUUAAAACAUUGUAUUUUUAUUUUACUUUUGAACUAUUCGUCUUUUUAGGAAAAUAUUAAACAUUGAUAACGGAUUGUAUUAAAUGUAUAUUGGUGUGAUUUUUAGUUGGAUUUUCACCCUUUAAUUUCGCAUUACUGAAAUUCCGUUCCUAGGGGAAACAACGCUGGUCCUUACACAGUAUGUGUCAGUUCAAAUUUAGUACACAAGUAUUGUAUUUGAAUUCUGAGUUCCAUUACCUUUAUUUUCUGUAUCUGACUUCAAACUUUCAUUUAAUGUCUUCGAAACAGUAUCAUGCUAACUUCCUUUAAACCGAACACUAUGUGGCUCACUCAUCCAGUACAAAUUUAUAUGUUCCGUACUGAGCCGCAUCUUUUGUGUAAUGACUAGUAUUUUUGUGAACGAGGACUCAAGCGGGGACAACCGGUUUACUGUUUAGCACAAAGUUACAGAAUAUUUUGGCAAAAUAUGAGAACCAUACACCGAAUACUUCAUUUGCGAAUUUCCAUCAUUUGUUCUUCACGUUCUGUAUGAUUCUUCCAGUCCACAAUUCCUUUCUAUUAUUUUCAACUCAAUCUUCUUAGCCUUCUGUUGCCAGGUUUUCCACUUCCGAUUGGUGUUACAUACUACUUACGUCUGUCGAUAUAAUUAGCUUACACAACAGUAUUACUGUCCAAACAGUAGAUUGGGCGCUGUUCAGACUUGCUACUCAGUAGUUUAAAAGCGAUCACCUAAACUACCAAGACUUCGACAUACUUUAGUUCAGUUUAUAUUACUUGAUAUCAUUAGCUAACGAACGAUUGCCAUGUAUAUACUGAGUGACAUCACUUAUUUCUUUUCCUUUUUAUUUAUGUGUUUAUUCGCAUUUGACAAAUUUGAAACCUAGUUCUAGUCCCAUAAUUAGUCUUUUUAUGAUUUCAAGAGCUUGAACCAGCCAAUGCUCUUUCCUUGCAUUCGGCUGAACGUAGUACGUAAAAUCCAAAAUCAGUGCUAAGGGAACAUGAUAAGCUGAAGUGAAUAUAUGUAGGUAUAUAUCCCAGAGGACUAAAGUGUUUCUGUUACUAAUUUAUGAUUUAAGAUAAUUUAUUCUGUGGAGACUUUCAUGUUAUCGAUUAGCUUACGCUGUGUAAUUCAUCACAAAAGUUUGAUUAUCUUUUUAAAAUUUCAUAUUCUACACUCAUCUAGAUUACGAGGAGUAACCGUUCCUGCUUCAAUAACAAAUCCUAAAGUUGAGUGUCAUUGGCCAGAUGACUAUAUGGGCCCACCCCAAAUUGAAGAUAUUCGAAUAAUUAAAGGACCUGUUACAGCUUUAUUUUCACAGUUUGGUUAUAAAUCAGGUGAAUGUAUUAGCCAAUCAGAAGCCAGACGGACUAUUGAUAACUAUGUUCGAAACAAUAAGCUUCAAUUGACUACAGAUCCGAGUUUAGUUCAUUUAGACAAAUUAUUAACGAGCAUAUGUGAGCCGAAAACUUUUAUUGAAUCCCCUGAAAGUACCAUAACAAAUCCAAUUUUUCACAUUCGUUUUGGUGAUCUUAUUUCUCAAGCUUUAAAGAACUUAACUACUGCUUAUCGCAUAAUUUAUCCGAACAUGUCCACCCCUGUCAUCUGGAAUAAAAAAGAGCCACCUCAUAUACAUUUGUAUACUGUUACGAAAGCUGGAAAGAAAUUGACUCGAAUAGCGGAAUUGGAAGAUUUUCACAUUAAUCCAGAUUCAUUUUCUAAACAACUGAAAGUACAUUUAGCCUGUUCAGCCGGGAAAGCGGACGAUCAACAAUACCCGGGUAAAACUGUCAUUCAAGCUCAAGGUGUUCACCUUGCAGCUAUCUCGAAAUUACUUACAGAAUCGUAUUCAAUACCAAAGCGAUUUAUUAAAGGCUACACAGAACCAGAUAAAAAGAAGUAAAUGUUAGAUUUAAUCACUGACAUAUACUUUUUUGUAUACAAAAUAAUUGGAAUUUCUCUGUAGAACUUGCUGAAUUCAAUGUACAUUUUUUAAAAAGUAAUAUAAUAAUCUUAUCACUUUCAAAUGUUGGACUUAAUCAUCUUAAUGUGAAUAGAGUAUUAGUUAUUGAAAUCCCAGAGAGUAUGACAAUCACAAGGUGAAUUCGCUUACUACACUACAAAAUACAGAAUCACUAUAUUCAGAUGCUAAGUGGUUGGAGACAUUCGGCAAAAAACCCUGAACCCACGUUUCAGGCUAGUCGCCACUAUUCAGCAAGGCGUAUACGCAAUUCUGAGGGGAAUGAUGCUCCAUGUCGGAUUCGAACCAGCGCCACUCAGCUUCACUGUCUAAGAUGUUAACACUGAGCUAUUCGAGAUGU